AUGGCUCAACUCAGUAAUUUAGGAAUCGCCCAGUGCAAUUGUCGGGGCGUCCUGAAUAAACAGGGCGACCUCUCAAACAUUCAGGACGAGGCGGAUAGACUCAGUAAUAGUCGUGGUGCGCUGGCUAUCGCCCUUCGAAGAGGGAUCACUUUCUCGCAGAUCACCUCUAUCCUUAGCAUGGAGGACAAACUUGAAACUUUAGCCACCUCAAUUGGUAUCUCACUAGGGGAGCUUCUUAAUGUUUCAGUUUAUAGGGUGCCUACCCCCACUGUUUUUAUAACUUCAGUUACGUGGACCCAACUUUUUGAUUUCAUUAAAGAUGUGAAUUGCAGCUCGGUUGUCAUAAGCGAUGACUGUAACUGCCACAAUUCUCUUUGGGGCAGCUCGCAUUAUUGUAGAGGAGGAAUGGAACUUUGCUCUGCUUUGGAUAAGACAGAUCCGAUCACCCUCAACACAGAUGAACCCACCUUUCGUACCCGUCCUGGACGCCCGCCAUCAAUUAUUGAUCUAACCUUUGUUUAUAUGAAUCUAUACACACUCUCCUCUUGGGGGGUUUGGAAUGACUCUUUGGGCAGCGAUCACUUCCCCGUUAUUUCUAGCAUAGGAGUUUCAGUAACAAAAGCCCCAUUUCAGUCGCAUAGAUAUAAAUUUAAACGCAUCAACUGGUUCUCGUUCUCUUCUAAACUUUCUGAAUCUAUUUCACAAGAUGCAGAGUUGUCUGAAUCUACGAACUCAGACUGUAUCUCAAAGUACGAGGCCUUUGUUAAAUCCGUGGACGAGGCUGUGCUCGCUGCGUGUCAAAGGGCUAAACCUGCGGUUGAUGUCCACCGCGUAGGUCCUCCAGGGAGGUGUUUUAUUCCUGCCCCGUGGUGGGGCGAAAGCUGUGACGUAGCAGUCAAGGAGAGGAAGGCGGCUUUAACCACUUUCCGACGACUCAGGAACGAUGCAAGUUACAUCAAUCUCUAUAGAAUAGAGGUGAAAACCACGUGUACUCUCAAGAGUGCGCGGAGGAUCAAUUUUAGAAAAUUCUGCGAGACCCUAGAUAGAUCGACUCCAAUCUCAAGGGUCUGGCGAGUUGUCAAAUGUUUUAAAAAUAGAUAUAAACAGCCUGCAUACGCCUUCUGUUCCGUAGACAGGAGUACGAUUGAAAAUUUGCAUGCUUUGGCUGAGGAACUGUGCCCUCCAACUGCUUUCUUCGACUCCUUGCCCAAAAACUUUCCGAGAAACGAAUUUCUGGAGGCUCCUUUCAUAGAGAUUAAGCUCUCCAUUACCUUAGCCUCACUAAAAACCAAAUGCUCUCCAGGUUUAGAUAGAAUUAACUAUAACAUCAUCCAACGAUUCCCUAAUGAAGUCAGAAUCACUCUCUUUAACAUUUUCAAUGAAAUCUACCAGUCUGGAUCUUUCUCUAAAUCCUGGAAUGAAUUUCUCGUCCUUUUUAUUCCAAAAUCAAUCCUGGAAAAUUCCAUCCAAUAUCCUCAGCAUCCUGCCUGUUUAAGGAAAAGAAGAUCCUGCGCUGGCAAUCUCGCCAUCUUGUCAACCGACCUUCUUUCGGGUUUUGCAAAUGGAGAGAUCGUUGCGGGCAUCUUCCUGAAUUUGAAGGGGGCAUUUCCCAGUGUUAAUUCUGGGAUUCUCAUUGAGGACUUGAAGGAAAUUGGUUUCCCCCGGCAGAUGAUCAACGGACAAAUGGUGGGUCCAAGGCUCAGCACAGUUGGUCUCCCACAGGGAAGCAUCCUUAGCCCCAUUAAUUACUCUAUCUACACUAGGAAAAUACACACUGUCAUCCCUAAAACUUGCCUGAUAAUAGAAUUUGCAGAUGGCAUUGCCAUGAUCUGUCGCUCUGUGGAUCUUUUGGUUUGUAUUCAUUCUCUACAGCAGUGUCUGAAUGCUCUCUCAGUGUUCCUGGACAGGAGGGGACUCGAGGUUUGCCCUGAAAAAACCAAACUGGUCCUUUUCAACCGACGCAACUUUGAUACCGACAGUCCUUGUUACACCCUUACAUUGAAUGGCAUUAUUAUCCCGCGAUCCCCAUUAGCUAGAUUCCUGGAUUACGUGGAGUUCACACUCCCCUCACUUGGUCAUGGCAGCAUAUACAAGGCAACAGCCAGUAUUAAGCCAACGUUAAUAAUAACAAUAAGAAGAAGAACCAGAAGAAGAAGAAGAAGAAGAAGAAGUGAGAUUUGUGAGACCGAAACAUAUGUCUGCGCUCUGUUUUUUUCCAGAAGCCUCUAA